AUGAUUCGGGUAGAGGAAGUCGGUUCAGAUGGAUCUACUUUGGAUGGACGGCCGUUGGGAGGAGGACAGUCUCCAAAAAUCCUUCAGAAGAAGACGACGGUUACUGAAACCGUGCACACUACCACGACCUAUCCUGAGUCGAAACAGAGCUUGCCCACGGUAACUACUCAAGCCCUGGUGACAGACACAGAUCGCGACCGGAAGCUUGCCAACACUCGCGAGGAAUACAAACUGUGUUAUGUAAAAGUUACGAGCGAUGGAAUGGUAAUUUGUGGCAACUGUGCGCAUGGUAUGAAAGUAUUGAACAAGAGGGAAUAUGGUGAAGGGCACACCGUUAUCCCUUCUGUGCCGAAGAUAACGAGCGAAAUUGAGGUGAGUAAUUCGGGGCUUGAGUAUCACAAACAUAAUACUGCCAAAAACGCUGAAGUCCACUUUCAUAAACAUAUAUUGAUCUAA